AUGUCUGACGAGGUGGUGUACGCUGUGUUCGAGCCGCUGGAGGCUAAACUUCUCCAGACAACGUCCCAGACAAAUUUGCUCGUGGAAAACCCCAUCUUGGCUCUGGCGCUACUGAAUAUCUUCCCUUACUUGCUUCUCAUGGACAACUUGUUGGAGAUCCUCACAUGGACCAACACUGACCCGUACCAGAACUUUUUGCUUCUUGUGGGCUACUCCGUGCUAGUACUCUACUGGGACACGUUGAAGCUCUUGAUACUUCCGUUGUUGAUGGCAGUGCUGUUUCUGAGUGUCGUGUGGAGAACAAGCACCAUCAUCAACGACUCCAAGUACGGCGAAAAACCAACCAUCGACGAGGUCUUGCAGACAUUGCACAACAUCACCGUGAGGCUAGAGGUGUUUUUCCGCCCGGCACGCCACGUUCGCUUCACUAGGAAGAAUUACGUGAAAUUCGUAUUUCUGGCCAUCCUACUCACACCGCUCCAUGCCACCGUGGUGAGCACGUUUUUGCUGCCUGUGCUGCUUACAUGGCUUCUUGGCUUGUUUUUCCUUCUGUACCAUUCACCCUGGGCGUAUGCCAUCAGACACCUUCUCUGGCGGUCCCUCUACAUCCGCUUGAUCGCAUACUACAUGACUGGCUUGGACAUUCGCCUUUCAAGAGAUGCGGGUAAGGAAAAGAGCCACAGCACGAUAUCAAGAGUCCAUUCCCCGAAUGGCACCGACGUCGAAGAAGAGCAGACGGGGGACCUUGUGCCGGAUGCAGCCAAGGUUAGCCUGAACAACGACUUCACCAUCUUGAAAAAAGUGAUAGCGUCACCCACACAGCUUCGACAAACUGUCCGCUUUGACAUUUUGGAGAACGAGCGCCGCUGGUUCGGCUUUGGCUGGUCCAAACUUCUCUUGCCCAACGAAAGAGCCAGCUACUGCUACGAGCCCCUGAUGAGACCGCUGCCAGACCCACAGGACGACGACUUCGAAUUCCCUGUAUUUGAGCAUGACUUGUACAAAUAUCAAUGGCAAUGGAUGGACGACCGCUGGGAGUUGGACUUGGAGUUCAAUAAGUCCCGCUACAAGACCGGGUGGGUGUACUACGACUCCAACUGGGCCAAUCCAGUGUACAGAGACCAGUCUAACAAGUACACACGUACGAGAAAAUGGACAAGAAGAGCCACCUUGUUGAUAGACAAGCGAGACACUGUCAACGACUACUAG